UUCUCACUUCGCAUGCACUCUGCGCGCGCGAUCGAGCCGAGAAUGGGCAUGGCCGCAACCAACAACAACAACGUGAGCGCGGUGGCGCCGCCGCCGUCGUCCAUGUGGACCAGCACGAGCCGGCGCUGGCGCCCGUCCCUCGCGUCGGGCCUCCGCGCCGCCCUGGCCUGCACCAUCGUGGGCGUCGUGUCCGUCUACGCGCCGCCGCCUCUGCAGCGCCACCUCACCUUCCCCGCCUUCUCCUACGUCGUGACCGUCAUCAUCGUCACGGACGCCACCGUGGGCACCGCCCUGCGCGCGACGGCCAGCGCGCUCCACGCCACCGUCAUGGGCGCCGUCCCCUCCGUCCUGGCGCUGUGGCUGGCGCACCGCACGGGCGCCGCCGAGUCGGUGCUGGCCACGUCGGCCGUGGUGGCGCUGAGCACGUUCGCGGUGGCGCUGCCGGAGUCGCCGGGCCCCGUGGCGAAGCGGAUCGCGCUGGGGCAGAUCAUCAUCAUCUACGUGGCCAAGUUCAGGCAAGGGGACCGCACGAGCCACGAGCUGGUGCUGGAGCACCCCGCCAACGUGGUGCUGUGCACGGCGCUGGGGGUGGCGGCCGCCUUGCUGGCGGUGCUGCUCCCGUGCCCGCGGCUGGCCACCCGGGAGGUGGAGGACAAGAGCAGGGCGUACAUGGAGACCGCGGCGGAGAGGGUGAGGGUGCUCGUCGACGCGUUCCUCCUCACCGCCAACGACACCGCCUGCGCGGAUGAUGGCCAGGAAACAGCCGCGGCCUCUGGUAGACGGCGGCGAUGGUGCAUGGCAGCGUGCAUGUCACAGGCCAACCGUCUCGCGUCCGCAAGCGCCGCCCUCCUCCGCCGCAUGGCCGCCGUUAAGGGAGAUUUGCAGUGGGAGAGAGUGCCAGCAGUGCUCAGGCGGUGGAUGCCGCAGCAGGCGGUGGUAGACCACGGCCGCAUCGAGAUGCCCAUCAAGGGAAUGGAGAUUGCGCUCACCAGCGCUGCCAUCGCCGGCAGCAGCCCUAUGAUCUGCAGCAGCUGGUUGGAGCAUAUGAGAGACCAGAUACGCCUCUCCAUGCUCACUACACAUCGCCACCACCACUGCAGCAGCACCGCCACCACCAGCGUCGCCAUGACCAAGACGACCAUCAACAAGCAAUCACCAUUAAUGUUGACAAACGAUACGAUGACGACGUUGUUGCCGGAGAGGCACGAGGAGCUGUCUCCUUUCCUCUUCCUCUUCUCCAUGCAUCUCCUCCGUCAUGGCACCCUGCAGCAGUUGGCCUCCUCCCAUCCGGAUCAGACCAAGACUACCAACUGCAAGGUAACUCCGGCAGCGACAAAUGCCGAGGAUUCGACCGACGAUGACGAUGUCUUCUACCUGUCCGAAGAAGAGGAGGACGAAGAGGUACAGGCCAGCAGUGGAGAAGAAGAAGAAGGUCAAUUGCAAGAACAUGGGGCGCCAAAUAAGACUGGCCACAUGGAAACGACAUCCAAGAAGCAGGAGAAGAAGAAAAGCGUGUGGCUGAGGUGGGGGCUGGAAUGGGAGAGAGUGGUGACGGCGGCCAAGUGCGCCGUGUCGCUGGGCCUCGCCGUCCUUCUCGGCCUUCUCUUCAACAACGACCACGGCUUCUGGUCCGGCCUCAUCGUCGCCACCACCAUGACCGCCGGCCGCGACUCCACAUGGGCCGUGGCCAUCGCGCGUGCCCACGGCACCGCCAUCGGUUCCGUCUAUGGCGUGCUGGGCUGCCUCCUCUCGCAACAGCCGCACCUCAUGGAGCUCCGCUUCCUGGCGCUCCUCCCCUGGAUCGUCCUCGCCACCUUUCUCAAGCGCAGCCAUGCAUACGGCCCUGCCGGCGGUGUUGCUGCCGCGCUGUCCGGCAUCAUCAUCGUGGGACGGAGGUACGACGAGGCGCCCAUGGCCUUCACGAUCACCAGGCUCGUGGAGACCUUCAUUGGCCUGUCCUGCACCGUCGCGACGGACCUCGUGUUCCAGCGCAAGGCAAGGCCGACCGCCAGGGCCAGGGCGCAGCUCCACCGCUGCAUCGCCGCGCUGCGGGAGUGCGUGGUUGGACUCACACCCACGUCGUCAGCGAAGCAGCAGCAGCAGCAGCAGCAGCACAAGACGUUGCUGGAGCAGGUGGCGCUGCUGAAGAAGUACGCGGCGGAGGCGGGCAGCGAGCCGAACUUUCUGUGGCUGGCGCCGUUCCCGACCAGCUGCUACGACAAGGUUCAUGGCAGCCUGAGCAGGAUCGCGCAGCUGAUUGGGCUCUACCAGCACGCCCGAGCCGUUCUCAUCGACAACGCCGGCUGCAGCCGGCAGCUAGGCGCAGACAUGAAGCGCUUCCACGGCGCCCUCUCCGCAUCCCUGGAGGCACUGCUGGAGGAGGAGGACGUCGACCUUGAGGCCGGCAAAGGAAUCUUCUGCGAAGAUAUGGCGGUGGUCAGGUCCUUCCUCGGCCAUGCAAGGGAGGCACUGUCACAGCAGCAACAGCAGGAGGAAGAAGAGCAGUUGGCUGCUGUUUGCCUGGGCUCGAUUGGGUUUUGCAUGGGUGAGAUGAUGAAGGAGGCACAGCAGCUGGAGGCUCACAUGCUGAACCUCAGCCUCCAACCUAGUCGCUGAUGCUGCCUACAUUGUACUAUGCUCGA